AUGGCUCCUCAGUACAUUGCAAGUUUUGAUGAGAAAGAUACAACAACUGCUGUAAGGACAUUGCUCGACGAUAGAGUUGAGCAUACGUUGAAAAGGCUUUGCUUAAAACAUAGUGGAACAUGUGUUUCGACAGCUGCUGCUUGUUUGGAUGGGCUUCCAACGGCUCUAAAAAGAGUUGGAAAUGGUGCAUUUUUGUUGUACAGGCUUGGUAUGAAAGCUUGUGUUGGUGAAUCAAGAUACAACUAG